CUAUCUUUGUCAAUUCAUUUUUGGAUGCUUUUUAUUAGUGAACUGGAACAGUACAUAAAACAAUAAAGUAACUUAUCAACUAGAAAUUUACUAUUUAGUAUAUAUUUACGGAAGCAGGAAGAUAUAAGAAUGAGAAUGUUUAGGAUUGACUACAACAUUUAUUUAUUAUUUGCAAGAUGUUUUAUCAACUUUAGAUCAUUUUGGCGUCUAUAUCCUAUAGCUGUAUAUGAGUAAAAUAAUGAUGGAACUAGUGACAUAUCUUUUGUGCGUAUGUUUGAAUUCCAUAUGUUAUUUUCCCCAGUACACAUCCCAAUCUAAUAGUAUAUAAAUAUAGAAAGUGAUAGUCCUUUACUAAAAUAAUACGAAUGCACCUAAGACACCAUUAUUGUAACAUGAUCAAAUGUUCAAUUAAUUUUAUUUUAUUUUUAUAAGUAGCGUGUUCUAUUAAUUGUAUAUUAAUAAAAAUAUCUAAACCCUCCACACCUGAUUAAUGUAUUUUUGGUGAUUGUAGAAUUACAACCGUACCCUUCUUCGAACAAAUUCAUUUUCCAUGGUAUUUCAAAUUUUCAACAAGAAAAACUGAAAAAGUCUUAUGGGAAUGUCACAGUCUUGCUGAUGCGGAAUAAUACCGCUGAAUUAUUUAUCUUUAAAUAUUCAAUAUAGCUAAGAUGUCAACGUACAAUAAUUCUCGUAAUUAAAUUAAAUAAUGCAACUUGAUGAUCACUUAUGACACCUGCAUAAACUUGUUCUGUAUAUAUAUCGAUCUUGGUGCUUCAAUGUUGAUCAGCCCAAUUAAAGACACUAACCAGCGUCCAUGGCUAUCAUCAAUAUAUCAACAUUAAUAUUUUUUCUCCUAUUGUCGAUAAAGCUUUCAUGUUCAACAAGAAACCAUAGCAUUCUAAUCCAAGGUUCAUCAAUGUCAGUAGAUGAACCAAACGACGUUAUAGUGUCACCCAAGGGCACGUUUUCUGCUGGCUUCUACGCGAUUGGCGAAAACGCUUAUUGCUUUGGCGUUUGGUUUUCCCGAAACCCUACUCUUGUAUGGAUGGCAAAUCGUGACGACCCAGUCAACGGAAAGAAAUCAAAGCUCUCCCUACUCGCCAAUGGUAACCUUGUUCUAGUGGAUGCCGAUAAUUCCCAUGUUUGGUCAACAGACACAGUUUCAUCGCCGUCUUCUACCGUGCAUUUGGUUCUGUAUGACACCGGCAACCUUGUUCUAACGGAGGAGGACGGUGACGGCAACAACAACAACAUGAACAGCACCGUGUUGUGGCAAAGCUUUGAUUUCCCUACGGAUACUCUUCUUCCUGAGCAAGUGUUCGCCCGAUUCACCAAAGUAAUCUCUUCGAAAAGUCAGACAAACAAGUCCACUGGUUUGUACACGUUGUUUUUCGACAACGAUAACGUUCUUCGUCUUGUUUACAAUGGCCCCGAAGUUUCAGGGAUCUACUGGCCAGAUCCUUGGAAUCUGAACUGGGCCAACUUCAGGAGUAGUUACAACAGCAGCAGAGUUGCUGUCUUGGACACUCUUGGCACCUUCAUUUCCUCAGAUAAUUUCACUUUCACCACUUCCGAUCACGGUUCCGUCAUCCAGCGAAGGUUGACCCUUGAUCCUAAUGGAAACCUUCGUGUUUAUAGCCGUAGCAGUGAUCAAGAUGACUGGUAUGUUUCGUGGCAAGCAUAUGCAAGACCAUGCAGGAUCCAUGGCGUUUGUGGGCCCAAUAGUUUGUGCACUUACCAUACUGAUUCUGCCAUUAAAUGCUCUUGCCUUCCCGGUCAUAAGAUGAAGUAUUCAAAUGAUUGGUCUUACGGCUGCGAACCCAGAUUUUCUGUAUCUUGCAAGAACAAUGAAAGUGGGUCGUCGUCACAGUUCUUAUCUAUAAGCAACGUGGAGUUGUAUGGCUAUGAUUAUGGACUCAUGACAAAUUACACAUUAGAUCAGUGUAAGGAGUUCUGCCUCCAACUAUGCGAUUGCAAAGGCGUUCAGUACACUUAUAACAAGGCCUCUGGUACCAACAAUUGUUAUGUCAAGGUUCAGUUGCGGAAUGCAUAUCGAAUCCCAUAUUUUAAUGCUGAAUUUCUUUUGAAACUGCCGGUCAAUAGUACCUAUUCUUUUCAAGAUGAUCAAGUUUCAAUCGUUGAUAGACACAACAAUCUUGAUUGUCCUGUGGGUGCAGAAACAAUACAACUUGAGAGGAUUUAUAUCAAAGGGCAGGUGAGCAGAUAUGUUAAGUUCUUGUUAUGGUUCGCUGGAGGAGUUGGGAUAUUUGAAAUGCUGUGCAUAUUUGUGGUUUGGUACUUUUUGGUAAGGUUUAGGGUGCAUUCUGGUGCAGAUGAACGAGUGUAUGACUUAGGCUUUGCAGGGUUUAGGAGAUUCAGUUACUCUGAACUGAAACAAGCCACCAAAGGGUUUAGCCAAGAGAUUGGAAAGGGUGCAUGGGGGAUUGUAUACAAAGGUGUACUCUCUGAUGGAAGAGUGGUGGCCGUGAAGAGACUCAUGGAAGCGAAUCAAGGAGAAGAGGAGUUCCUUGCUGAAGUGAGCAGCAUUGGAAGGCUCAAUCACAUGAACUUGAUUGAGAUGUGGGGAUACUGUGCUGAAGGGAAACACAGGCUCCUGGUUUAUGAGCACAUGGAGCAUGGUUCUCUUGCUCAGAAUCUUAGGACAAAUAGAUUGGAUUGGUCCAAAAGGUUUGAGAUUGCGUUGGGUACAGCCAAAGGUUUGUCUUAUCUUCAUGAUGAGUGUUUGGAUUGGAUUUUGCAUUGUGAUGUAAAGCCACAGAACAUUCUUCUUGAUUCUAAUUUUCAACCCAAGGUAGCUGAUUUUGGAUUGUCCAAGUUGCUUAAAAGAAGUGACACUAAUAAGUACUCUAGCUUUUCCAAGAUACGAGGAACAAGAGGAUACAUGGCUCCUGAGUGGGUUUUGAACCUCCCAAUAACCUCCAAGGUUGAUGUUUAUAGCUAUGGAAUUGUUGUGUUGGAAAUGUUCACUGGAAAGAGCGCAACCAAGAACCUUGGGAUUAGUAGUGAUGGAGUAGAGAAUAAUCAACAUAUGUACCUGGUUGCAUGGCUGAGAGAGAAACAGAAUAUGGGAUUUCGUUGUGGUUGGGUUAGUGAAAUCUUAGACCCCACCAUAGAAGGUGAUUAUGAUGAAAAUAAGUUGGAAGCUUUGGCUAGAGUUGCUUUGCAAUGUGUAGAGGAUGAGAGGGACAAAAGACCCACCAUGAGCCAAGUGGUAGAGAUGCUUCAGAAAUAUUUAUAAUAAUUGGUGACAUUCAUUGUUAUCAGUGUAUCUACGUGCCUGUUUUGUUUAUGUAGCUGAAUAAUUCUCCUAGAAAAUAUCUCUGUUCUUUGUAAUAUGAAUAAUGAAUGUAGUUGCUUGCAUACCCCACAUAUAAUAUCUUGUGUAUGAUUGUAUUUUUUUUAAUGUAAUUUAAAAGUUGUUUUGAA